GACCCAAAUGAAUCCGAUGGCUAGUCAGUCCCGGUCCGAGCCUCUUCGCGGCAAUAUUAUCCGCCCGAGUACAGCUGGUACCGCGAAAAACGCGUUCGUACCUACGAGCAUUCGGCGACAACUCGUAUUAUUUGUUACGCGCAUUGGAACUGCGAUUCCGAGUUAAAUUUGGUGCCCAUAUUGAGACCGCGAUUAGAAGGACCAGUAAAAUUUGAAACAGUGAAAGUUCACACUCGUGUACUCGAAAUAAAAUUAAAAAAAGAAAGUAGGAUUCUAUCAGUCAUACAAUUUGAAAAAAUGGUCCGAUAUUUAUGGACUCUACGAGGUCGGAGGUAUCUGUAAUUGUGGUGCGGGAGUUGGUUCAAAUGGUUUUGGCGGGAGCUAAGAUUAUUUCGGUUUGUUCACCCGAGCCACUUUUUGCCAGAGGCGGAAGCAGAAAAUCGCGUAGAAACCGCGUUGGCACCGGCUCGAGAGGAUCCGAUCGAUCGAGAUCGCGCGCAUCCGCAGGCUCCUCCAAAUAGCGAUGCGGUUGCAUUCCUCGCGCGACAGUUCCGCAUAAUCAUUAACAUUCUGCAAGAUGCGAAGCGAGGUAGGAGAAUGGCUGCCCACCUGCGUAGGUUCACCGAUAUGCAUCCUGCUGCUAUCUUGGUCGCUUCUGAUUUAUCAGAACCAGCCAUCUUCCGCGAAGAGAAGGAUCGACGUCUUCACGGUAGCCGUGCUCUCUCAGAGUCUGGCGCACCAACUGGGAUUGCUCUCCUAUGCCAUUCUUACACUCAUCCGACCGAGCAAUCACUUUGGAGAGUUCUGUUCGACCCUCGUUUGGAUGCUGAACUCGUCGAGCAUUCUCCAGGAGCUGACCCUGACCUCGAUCGCAGCGUUCGCGGCGAUCACCACUCGGGACGGAAGCUCGAACAUCACCAAGAACCAUCUCAAGUACCACCUGGUCAGCUUGAGCGUGAUCAGCGCUUGCAUCGGUGUCACCGGUGUCCUCAACUUCGAGCCAGACCUCUGCGUAUUCCUGGCGCAGGAGAUCUCGUUUAAAUACGGGAUCUUCGUGAUAUCCUUGCGAUCUCUUUUGCUGUUAGCUUCUACGAUUAGCUUAACCACGGCCCUGCUCAGGAGCAUUUGCCGGCCACCGAAAUCGGAGUUACUAAAAUCAGUUUCCGAUCUCUCGGAGACGAGCUCGAAGAACUCGUCGGGAGCCUUCGAAUGCCAUCCCCAGCAGUGGGACCCUUCUAGUGGCUCGUGCACCAGCGGGUCCACCAACAGCAGGGCCUGUUUAAGGAAAAAGAGAGUCCAGGUGGACGAGGCCAGUGGGAGAACAACGAUCUAUAGCAUACUCUUCGUUUGCUACGCGUUCCAAUACAUCCCCAUUCUGAUCGUGUCCGUGAGGCCGAGUGUCCUCAGGGAUUUCUGCACGCCCCAAAAUCUGGCGACUUGGUUACCCUUGGUGAAGGACACUCUGCUCCCGGUUUUCUUAGCCCUGUUCGACAAAAUGUUCUGCCGCUACGUGGCGAAGGUAUACACGAAGCAGGAUCACGCGAGGAGAUUGUCUCACGGCGGUGUUGAUGGUAAGUUUCGCCAUUUCGAGCAAGACGCCGAGUACAAGAUGCAAUUGAACCUGAACCACGGGCUCAAGUUCCCCUUGACUAAUGGGAGCCUCUACGGACGCUUGCACAGUCACCAGAACAGAGGCAAGACCGGUGGCACGAUCACGAUGGGUAUACAACAGUAUGCUAGGACUCAGGCCUUGAACGAAGACGGCAAUUACGCUUCCCUUCCCGCGGAGCUUUCCUCUUUCGCCAGUUCGACCUUCGAACCUCGUCACGAGACGAACGGGAUCGAAACUGCUAAAAGGAACGUUGAAUCAGCAAGUAAACGACCGAGGCCGAACGAGUAUUUUCAGGAAUUCCCUGGAAGCCGUCGGAAAAUCGGUAGCACCGACGUGUUCGGACAAAAUCUGGAGAAUCUGGUGCAACUAGAGGAUCCUUGCAGUAAACGGAAGUUCGCCAACAGCUUGGACGAGAUUCGCGAGGAACCACCAAGGAGGCACGCGAGGAGCGUACUUGGAUUGGAAAACUUGAUCGCUGGAUUCGAUAACGAUUUCCAGGAGCAAAGAUAUCCCAGAGUUGCUCUCAGGAGGAAUCAAAGCUUCGAUCACGCUAAAUGUCAAUCCUACCAUCGACUGAUGCUCGACACGAGGACGUACGAUUUGAAGAAGCAAGAUCAGAGGAGGGACCAACGAAUCAUACAGAAAGCGAACGAACAAAGUCCAAGGGACGAUGGGGAUGGAUACGAGACCUCGGACGAUGAGAGUUGCGACCUGGAGAACGGUGACUUCGACACGAUGAGUUCCUGUAGGAGUCGAAGUAGGAGCUGCUGUUCCGUGACCACCGUGGCCAACGAUGAUUUCGAGUACUUUCAACGUAAGGAAACUAAGGUGGAACUGUUGCCCCCGAAGAGAGCUGGCGAGGUAAAGGUCAACAUGCGAUCUUUCACGCCGAGGAUCAUCGAGAACAACGAGGAAAGCAAACUGUCGAACGCGAAGCCCAUCGUGCACUCGUAUCGGUUGAAGAAACAGAGAAUAGGAUUCGGCUACUCGAUGAACGACCUCGACAAACUCGCAGACCGGAAGAUGCUUCCGAAUCUGUCAAUCGAGAGCCUGAAAAAUACCCUGAGGAACUCGGACGUCAGUUACUUGGACAACGGGGAGAUCUGCAGACACGAUAUUGGCGGAUCCGUGCCCGACUUUAAAAAGAUUUUUCUCACCGACUUUAUAUGAGAUCGAAAUAUAGGAUUUUUCGAUAUUUCUUUUGGUGAACGAAGAUGAAAAUAGGUUCGAAGACGUUAGGGAAGGAAGUGUAGCUACAAACUAUUCGUUGUAGGAAACUUGGUUGAAUCUUGUGAACAAGGAAGAGACGUUUUUAAAUCUGGUACAAGAGCAAUGGAGAGGCUCUAUAAAGUGUUCUUUCGAAAUAAAAUUCUUUUCGACUUUUUGAGGAUAUCUAGGAUUUUGAAAACGGAUAUCGUAUAGAAGUUCAUUAUUCGAAAAUAACGAGAAAUCAAUGUAAUUCGCAGCGAUCGAGAUCGGUAAUACAAGAUUAUAUAACGCUUGCGCGGAAGUCACAGUCAAGUUGGAAAGUUAGUUAGGAGGAAUGCUAUGAGUUAAAGAAAUUCCACGUUAAUUCCAUUCGGUAACGAUCUCCGCAAGGUUUGCUUAAACAUUCUUUGAAAUUUACGUGAUCGUCGCGAUCAGAAUGACAAUUAAUAAAAAGUUACCAAAGGAGAAGGAAGAGAAUGCAAAACAUGAACGAUUUCUCGUUCGAGUAAAACGAUUCAUUAGCAUCGUAAUCUGUCCAUAUGGAGUAUAACGCGUGGAAAAUAUGUGCUCUCAUUGUUUUCCACAUUUGUAUAUGUACGUGAAGAAGAACGCUUUAGAAGCAUUUUUAUUGUAUGGAGAUCGAGCGCUUAUUUUUUGUAUAUAUCUUGUACAUUUGUACGGAACUAUUUAACUCAUUAAAUAUACUACGAGCGUGCGUGGAA